AUGAUUGCAAAUGGGCACAGAAAUGGUAUUCUGAUAAUAAGAAGGAGAAGCUUGGAACUCUUGAAAGGACUCAGUCUGGGACGAGAUGACUCGGUAAACAUUUCUCCUCUCAAACAGGAAGUGUUGGUUGUAUGGGGAGAACAAGACGAGAUAUUUCUAUUAGAAAAAGCUCAUGAACUCAAGGAAUUACAAGGGGAAAAGGCCAGAUUAGAAGUCAUAAAGAACACCUCACAUCUCCCGCAACUUGAAUAUUCUGCGAAGUUCAACAACGUUUCGGACCCCCCAGUUUUUGGUGCCCAUUUUCCUCUUCGGCUUUCUCUCCAAGAAACUCAGAUCCACACUGCAUUCUCUCCAUCACCGUUUCCAUCUCUGGAUUGGGUAUAA